GUACUCGUGAUUUCAACAUAGGCUUAUAUGUGUGAAAACUUCAGAUGCUUCUCAUUAGAAUAGUCAACCUCGAUUGGUUCAAUCAAUAACGGUGUUGAACGGGCCACAAAUUGGAUUUUGAAGACGAGUGGUUAUAAUAUUAAAAUCGUUGAUAUCUACAGUAUUUUUUACACCGUCACUUCUAGAAACAGGCACGGAUACAAAGUUAAACCAUGGAAAUGGACGUAAUUAAUAUUAUAACAAACUGUUCUCUAGACCCUGUGGACCUUAUGGAUUCUGGUUUGUUCGCUACCUCUACAGGAUUUAUUUUGUUCACUAUUUACUUCUUCUUAAUAUGCAUCUGCUCAAUCGUGGAAAAUACAAUCAUCCUGAUGGCAAUAAUUCGCAUAAAACGACUGCACAAGCGUCGAAAUAUCCUCAUCUUUAACUUAGCUGUUACGGACUUAAUGGCUGGUGUGAUUUAUCCAUCUAGUGUCAUUUUCAAUCAAACGUAUAUGGAAAGCAUCGGUUUUAUUAUUGGUUUUGUAUCCGUCUUCACCAUCCUCGCAAUCGCCAUCGAACGCUUUGUGAAGAUUGUUGUAUUUACAAACCAUAGCUCGCACAUUGGCACUAAGCGUCAACUUUUGGGAGCGUCGAUUAUUGCGUGGGUGAUACCGUCUAUUACCCUUUUUCCUAUUUCUGUAUAUAACUAUACGUUACACCUUGUUAUUUUCCUCACUCUUGGACCACUGUGCAUUUUUGUGGUAAUGACUGCAAUAUCUGUACUUUACCUUGCAAUAUACGUAAAGAUACGCUCUCAUGAUAAACGAAUGUCUUCUAAUUUAAACCUCCCAGAAAAAUACAAGUUUACUAAACUUGUUCUACAGGCCUACGUAGUUAUAGUUGUAGUGUACGCUAUUUGUUGGUUGCCAUGGGGGAUAGAAUCUCUUCGAAUUAUGUACACAAUGUAUUUUGGGUUUGAUGAAGAGAAUCGCUGCAUUGUCUCUACUUUGGCUUUCUAUAUCGGUGUUGCUAUGGUAUUACUGAAUUCCGCCGUAAACCCGAUUAUAUAUUUUCUUAGGUUACCUGAUUUCCGCAAAGGUAUUACAGAAUUAAUUGGAUGUUGUUUUAAAAAAGCACCAGUCGUUGAAAAUUGUAGUCCUCUGAAUACAACCGGUCGUCAUAUCACAAAUUCUAUAGAUGAUAUAGAGUUAACUUGACAGGACGGUAAAAAUUGUUUGACAUUGUUGCAGUAUGUAUUAGUAACUAUUCUCUUAUAUUGAAGGUUCAAUGUGUUAUUUUAUCUUUUUAACUCCGUUUAUGACCCUUUCUGGGGCUCUUUGCUUUACAUUUGUUGAAUCAGCUUUUAGGUUAGCGUUUGCUGUUGUAUUUAUUUCUUAUAGUCUUCUGCUUGUAGUAAUUUACUUAAUUGUGUUGUACAGUAUUCGUAAUUUUGUAUUAUUGAAAUUUGAAAGCAAUAAUUAUACUACACUAAAUCAUUUACGUCAUCUGUGUGUAAGAAUCACGUCAUCACUCAAUUGUUGCGUGUUGUUACCGUAUUAUAUCAAAAUGGCUAAUGGCAAUAAUUUGUACCCGGUGGAAAGUUUACAUUUUUACAAGGUUGAUAAUAAAUAUUCUCUUAUAUAAAUCCAUUGAUUGAUUGAUUGAUUGAUUGAUUAUCUUUGUAUCUACAGUGAAUUUUCAGAUAGUUUUGGUUUCCUUUUUGUGAAGAUUUAUUGUUCUUAAAAAGAUACCAAAUAUGACAUCAUGUGUACAUCAACCGUCAAUAAUCAAUAGGGAUUAAUACUCUUGUUUUCAGGAAAUGCGUUACGAUGAGUCAUCAUUGCAUGACGUGUUGCGGUAUAUUAUCCGGAUCAAUUAGAGAAAACUUAAAUAUAGAGUUUUAUCAUAUUUAUAUUUUUACCGUAUAUGGCUAAAUAUGAAAUAAUUUUAAGAGGUUGUAAGAAAUCAAUAUUGGAAAUGAAUAAUAGAGUUAGAGACAAUUGGAAAACAUUUUAGCAGAAAUAAACUUUAAUAUAACCUUACGAAUCGCAUGACAUAGAAAUGAGUCUGCAGUUUCCAAUUGUUUUGGGUUUCGGGGGAUGUUUGGUUUAGAGAAAGCAACAACAUGCUUUCCCCCAAGCUAGAUCGUCGCCAAGCUUAUGAAGAAGGUUAAAUAUCUGAGACAGAGUAUUAAAUAAUUACAGAGGUAGCAUGAAUGGUCGAUUUAGUAAGAGCAACUUCAUCAGCAGCCAAACUUUUACAGAAGUCAGAUUUGAUCUUGGUGGGAGAGGCACUGAAGGAAAACUUAAAUUUUAUUGGAAAUGAUUACGAGUACUUUGAACAUCAGUAAUAAGUUGCACUGUGAACAUUAAAAUCGCAUGUAACUGACUUUUCACUUUUACCACAUGGUGUUGUAUAAGGAAUGACCAAACGUGUUUUCUUUUCGAAUAGGUCUAUACAUAAUAUUUUUUAGCAUGACCAGAAAAUUUAAAAUACAUGGCCUCUAAGUUACGUAUUGAAAAGAAUAACAUCGCUAAUAUUUUGAUGAAUUUAAUACAGUGUAAACCACUAAUCGUUAAAUUUAGUAACACUGGAUGAUAUUUAUUAGCAGCAUUAAUUGAGAGCUUACUUUACAUCCGUUGUUGCAAAGUUAAUGAUUAUAUUUAAUUACGCAAUUGUAUAUUUUUACACCAUGCUCUAUAUUGUCCGGCUUUAUAUAUUAUGUGGAUUUUGGGAUCAUAAAAGGAAGCGAAUAAUUUAUAUCACUAUAUUAUAUAUUCUUUUAUUGAAAUCACC